AUGUCGUUGAAUGGCUUGGACGACCCAAAGGUCCAGGAAGCCUACGAGGCUGCUGUCGCUGAAGCUGGAGGAUGGUUCCUCCUCAAGUACGCGAGUCGCGAUGAAGUCGAAUUGCUGGGUCGUGGCUCAGGCGGCGUCGUCGAGGUGCGCAACAACGUCACCGAAUACGAAGAUACCAGCCCUCUGUACGGUUUCUUGAGAUACAGAAGGAGGAACGUAUUAAUCAAGUACCUGCCUGAGGAUUGCUCCCGUCUUAUUCAAGCCAGGGUAGCCGUUCACUUUAAUGCCGUUUGCGAUCGAUUCUCCCCAUACGAUACCAUCUUUGAAAUCACCGACGCCAAGGAGCUCAGAGAUACUAGGCUGUCGGCAGCUUGUUCUUUGCAUGCCGCUUCGGGUUCGACUUCAUCGUCUACAAGCUCAUUGCGCCGAAGACGAUUGAUGGAGAUUGCGGAGGAGGAAGAGGACGAGCAACAGCAGCGCGCCACCAAACGCCAGUCAGUUGCCGAGAACGACAAUGACGGCGAGGUUCGGCCAAAAACAGCCAAGACAAGCCACGAACCUGCUCUUCUUACAGAACCAGUUACCUUGAACUCAGAACUUGCUGAAUCUCCAGAGGAAAGUAAAUUCACCGACGCGUCAACCUCGGAAGUACCCAACUUUGUCGGUGCUGACGACAGACCUGAUUCAUCUGGUGACCCGGAAGCUCUUCCACGAUUGUCAUCACAAUCAGGUCGACCGGAUCUGUAUCCGUACUCAUACAAUUACGGCAAGCCAAAGGUCAAGCUUGGCCCCCGGCCAUCGCUUGAAACAAACGGCCGGCCUCGUACUGCGGGUUCAUAUCGUCCUGUGUCGCAGAUGCCUUCUGGUUUUAAGCUGUUUGGCAAAGGCUCCAAAAAGGAGAAGAACAAGGACGAUACUGCAACUACCGAGGAUACUCCUGCCGAGGACAAGGACACACCGCCUGUGCAGGGCGAACUGCAGAUCAUCGAUACAGAAAUCAACCGACCCACGACAAGUUCUGGAGUUUCGAUUUCUGGUUCCGCCAUCUUACCUGCGCCACCGCCUGCGAAACCCACAAUUUCACCCGAGAAGGCAAGAUUAAUGAAGGCCAUGAAGCUCCGAGAAAAGAAGAAAAAAGAUAUGGCGGUCGAGGCUGACGUCUCGUCACCGCCUGUCGAAUUUCCCGGACCCAGUGAAGGUGGAUCAUCUACGGAUCGCGCUGAAGACAACGAAAACCAACACGACCCCGACUCGAAUCAGUCGUUGAUGUCGAACGUCGACUCAGGAAUUGGUCUUGAUGGUUCUUCGGCCUCUAUGAAUGCUGACCAGGCGUCUGAUCUUGCGCGAACCGAUUCUCACCCCGACAGCCCCGUCAUUGCAUCGUCCGAACCCGAAAUGUCCACGAAGGCCUCUUCUCUUUCUGAAUCGACCGACGACACUCUGCACCCAAAAGACGAGGAUACACACAAUCAGGAUCAAGAUGAGAAGGCUGACACCAAGGAAACCUCAGCAGAGAGUAAAAAUGAGAAACUUGCCGUUGCAGCAGUUGCGCCGGCCAGCGAUGCUUUGCCAUCUAAGGAUGAGGAGCAGCUCGAGGACGUGCCCCUCGACCCCGUACCCGACGCUGAUACCAGCAUCCCGGAAAAGCCAGCAAACGCGCCUGCAAGCGACAAUCAAUCUACAACCGACGGUGUCUCAGGCGCGCCUGAGACUACCGAGGGGUCGGCCAAUCUCGACAAAACUGACGAGCCUCUAUCCCCUACGACUUCUGCCCUGAAAAUCCCCAAAUCUAAGUUCUCGACACAGGAUUUACGGUCAGCAGCGAACCCGACCCCGUCAUCAUUCUCCAACUCUCCCCAUCGAGAAAUCGAAGAGGACAAACCAACCAUUAUCGCUCAAGAAGUUGCGGAGAAGGAAGAUGACAACGAAGAAGAAGUUGAUGCGUCAGAAACAAAGCAACAAAAACGCAAAGCAAACAUCGACCCGAUCAAAACACAUCUCACAGAAGAUAAAGACCCUCUAUCUGACGACGAGGAGGACCUGAUGGACGAGCUACACGUUGCGACUCUUCACGAGGCGAAGCCUAUGACUGUUGCUAAGAGUCCAGUCACCCCUGUGUUCCCUAGUCCAACCAAGAGUGAACGAUCUCCUAUUAUUUCCCGAACUGUCUCGAAUCCUGUGCACGGCAAGCUUCUCGCCCCCGGCGAUGUCACCACAAGCUCGGCACGAUCUGUCAGCUCUGGAGGAGCGGCUUAUCUGCACAAGAUUGCUCAGCAGCCAGGCGGCCCUACCCUCAGUAGAAAGGGUACGGUGGGAUCGAGUAUUUCACAGCGCAUCAAAGCACUCGAAAAGCUUUCGGCCAGCACUGGCGAGACUCUAAGCCCCGCCCCUACUGCUUCCGCUCGGGAGAGACCAUCUUCGGCGUUUUUCUCUGUGCGCAAAAGUCGAGAGCCAUCUCGAUCUCCAUCCGUGGUAGACCGCACUAGCUCCAUCAACCGUUCAAACCUUCGAACACCCCCAUCGCGAUCUGGCGAACGCGAUGAGUCGCCCGAUAGAUCCAGGCAGACACGCAGAGGACGCUCAACAUCGGUGGCUAGUCGCUUGUCCGUGUUUGAAGCGAACCCUUCCGAAAACGAUGGCUCCCCUGGCUCAGAGUCAAUCUCGGUUACUGCCAGAAUAGUCCGCGAUCCCAGCCAGAACGCAGCCAGAUCGCUUGAACCUGCUAAAGAUCCAUCUGAAUUUAACCCCGUGGAACUUCAGGAGUCACCUUUGUUGGUAGAUCACCAAAAGGCAUCGCCUGUCUGGUCCCCUCCUACCUUUCAACCACCAAAGGAGACUAUAGUCGAACGUCGGAUGUCAAAGGACGACAACGGAGACAAGGAGGAUCAAUCAAGGCGGUCUUCACUCAGUGUGGUUAGAGACUUUAUCAAUGACCGUCGCAAAUCCCUCACAUCUCCUUCCUCUGAUGUCCUUCCCAAGGGUUCUCAAUCUCCAUCUCGCCCACCCUCGACACACCAGGGUAAACGGCUGUCAAUUAGCAGCCGCCGAUCAUCAUUCAGCCGCGAGAGAGAAAACGUGCUUUCUCCUUCUGCUACCACCGAGAGCUCCAUAUCCGGUGAUGAGACGAAGCCCAGUGGCGAGAAGAUGAAAUCCCGAGCUGGUCGAUUUAUGCGCCGCCUCUCAUCUCUUUCCAGCUCUCGUGGUAAGACCACACCACCAACUGUUCUCUCACCAACCGUGCAAGAGGAGCAAAUCCGCCCUGCGACAAGUGGACCCCCAUCCAUCAUCUCGUUUAUGGGAGAUGUUAAUGUGCAGUUUCCUGAUAACUUGCUCUGGAAACGACGCAAUAUGUGCCUGGACUCUCAGGGCUUUCUUAUCCUGAGUGCACUCCCAUCUCAGAGCAGUCGCACUGCUCAGGGCACCAAACGCUACCACCUGAGCGACUUCCGAGCACCAUACAUUCCCGAUGUCGAGGUUCAAGAGCUCCCUAACAGCGUGGUAUUGGACCUUGUCGACGGCAGCAGUGUACAGCUUGCAUGCAUGGACCGUACCGGGCAGGUCGGCAUCCUUCACACUCUCCAAGAAGCCCAUGCCAAACAUGCGACACCGUUCGCGUUGUAG